CUAAUUACAUGUCGAAGUCUUUGUCUUACCAAAUAUAGAUAAAUUUCAUUUCACAAUGACUUCUUUUUCUGAAGCGACUUUUUUUCAAUGCUUAGGCAUAUAAUAAUUUUAACAAAUGCUUCGGCAAAUCCGUCUAUAGCGUUGAGAUAUAUAGUCAACACUCAACAACCCUAUUUAUAUAUUAAGGGCUACAAAGGGGCAUUUCAUUUGCAAGUACCCUUUUACUUCGUAUCCAAAAAGAGUCUUUGAUAUUUCCCCCUCAAAACGAGGUAAUCGGAAAAACAAAUUAGGGUUUUUUUGGGAGAUCAGUUUACGAAGAAGAUGAAGAAGAGGCAAGUGGUGAUAAAACAGAGAAAAAUCUCUUACACUAUGACUUCUUCUUCAAGCAACGUCCGUUACGUUGAGUGUCAGAAGAAUCAUGCCGCUAAUAUCGGCGGCUACGCUGUCGACGGUUGCCGGGAGUUUAUGGCAAGCGGCGGCGAUGACGCUUUGACGUGUGCUGCUUGUGGCUGUCACCGGAAUUUUCACCGGAGGGAAGUUGAUACGGAGGUUGUUUGUGAGUAUUCUCCUCCGAAUGCAAACGACUAAUUAACGAAGAUGGAAAAAAGGAAGAAAGGUAACUAAAAAACAAAGAAAUUAAAAAAGGAAUCUGCUUUGGAUUUGAUCUAUUGAUUUAUAUUAGAUCGAGAUGUAUUUAUGUAUGUAUAUGGUUAUUGAUGUAUAUUCAACUACUUACAUUAACGCCGAUCUAUAUGAUAAAUGAUUUUUCAAUCCCGAUGUGAUGGAGUGUUGCAUACUUCAAAUCUAUGUGUGAGUGUGUCUAUAAUUAAGAAUACAAUAUGUGGAACAAUUUUAUUUUUUUGGCGGAUCUUGCUUUUGAUUAUUUUAAUAACCGAGAAGUGUUUAAGCGUUUAAA